AUGGCAACAGCAAACAUUAGAGCACAAUGUUCUAUCUGUAAUAAAGGAAAUACAACAUAUAUUUGUCGUGGAUGCUCAAAAGAUUUUUGUUUUCAACAUUUAACAGAACAUCGACAAAUUCUUCAUAGACAAUUAGAUGAAAUUAUUAAUGAUCACGAUCAAUUUCAACAAACAAUUAUUGAACAAAAACAAAAUCCACUAAAUUCUUCUUUAGUUCAACAAAUUAAUCAAUGGGAAAAAAAUUCAAUUCACCAAAUUCAACAAACAGCAGAAGAAUGUCGAAAAACACUGAUGAAAUUAAUGCAAAAUUCAAUCAAUGAUGUGGAAAAAAAGUUUAUUGAAUUGUCUAAGAAAUUAAAAGAAAUUCGUGAAGAAAAUGAAUUUAAUGAAAUUGAUUUAAAUGAUUUUCAAUUAAAACUAACGCAAAUUACUGAAGAAUUUCUUCAACCAUCAAAUAUUUCUAUUCGACAAGAUUCACAAGAAUUUAUUAAGAAAAUUUCAGUUAUUUCAUCAUUCGGUAUGUUUAUUCAAUUAUUUCACUUCGAGAAAAAAGAAAUCGAAGUUUAA